CGCGGCACGUAGGCGCGUGGGGCGGGACGCGGCGGCAGGGUCUUAGGGCCCGCGGAGUCCCGGCGCUGCGGCGGGAGCUGGGCGGAGCAGGGGCUCGCUCCAGACCGCCGCCGUCGUCAUGGAUACCUCGGACGACGCCGGGAACCGGCUGCGCUUCCAGCUGGAGCUCGAGUUCGUGCAGUGCCUGGCUAACCCCAACUACCUGAACUUCCUUGCCCAAAGAGGGUACUUUAAGGACAAGGCCUUCGUCAAUUAUCUGAAGUACCUGCUCUACUGGAAAGAGCCAGACUACGCCAAGUACCUGAAGUACCCCCAGUGCCUGCACAUGCUAGAACUGCUGCAGUAUGAGCACUUCCGGAAGGAGCUGGUGAAUGCCCAGUGUGCCAAGUUCAUCGACGAACAGCAGAUCCUGCACUGGCAGCACUACUCUCGAAAGCGGAUGCGGCUGCAGCAAGCCCUGGCAGAGCAGCAGCAGCAGCAGCCACAGCAGAACAGCAGCAGCGCCUCCUCUGCUGGAAAGUGAGGGGAGCUCCUGGCCCACACUGGCCACUCAAUGACUUUGUCCAAACCACCUGGCGGCUUCUUUAUUAUAAUUUCCAGUAAAGUUCUUUGGCAGAAAAGCUCAA